AUGCUUCUCUCCCGGCGCUUCUCCUCCGCCCUCGCUCGUUCCGCCUUCCUCGCGAGAUGCCCCCUUCCACCCCGGGCCCCUCCGCCCCCCCGCCCCCUGCCACGCCGCCUCAUGUCCUCCUCCUCCUCCUCCUCCUCCUCCGGGUGGCACCACUCUUCCCGUCUCCCGCCGCCGCCUCCUCCGCCGCCCCCGUCCUUCUCCGACAAGGAUCAGCUGUUCCGGGGGCUGGAGGCGGCGCUGGGCACCACGUUUAGCUCCGAACCGCUGGCGCCGCCGCCGGAGCCGAUGAUCCUCGUCAUCAGUGGCCCGAGUGGCGUCGGCAAGGAUGCAGUCAUCAAGAGGCUGCAAGAGGAGAGGGAAGAGAUCCAUUUUGUUGUUACGGCGACGAGCAGAGCAAUUCGGCCAGGUGAAGUUGACGGGAAGGACUAUCACUUUGUCACCAAGGAGGCGUUCCUCACCAUGAUUGAAAGGGAGGAGUUGCUUGAGUAUGCGCUUGUUUAUGGGGAAUACAAGGGGAUUCCCAAGCAGCAGAUCCGUGAUUACAUGGCCAAAGGACAUGACAUUGUCUUGAGAGUCGACAUUCAAGGAGCAGCAACUUUGAGAGAGAUACUUGGCGAAUCUGCAAUUUUCAUCUUUCUAGUUGCAGAGAGCGAGGAGGCACUUGUCAAAAGGCUCAUUCACCGUAAAACUGAAACUACAGACAUGCUUCUUGUCAGAAUUGCAACAGCCAGAGAGGAGGUGAGGCGGAUGAAAUAUUUUGACUACGUUGUUGUCAAUGCUGAAGGGAAGCUUGAGGAUGCUGUUAAACAGGUUGAGUCUAUCAUUGAUGCUGAGAAGGCAAAAGUCCAAAAGCGUAAUGUCCAGAUCUAG